AUGGUCCAUACACGAGCCCAGGCUGCCGCUGCUGCGGUGGCUGCAGCACACAUGAGCGAGAUGCCAGAUGCUGAAACUGCGAUCGUACCGCAUGUGGAGAGAGCUAGCACCGCUCCAUUGGCUAUAGCCAAUGUACCAAGUGUUGCUGAUCACUUGGCAAAUCUUGCGCAGCACUUCAUUGCCCAGACCCAGGCUCUUGCUGCUGAGCACUCCAGUGUCACGCAGCUCGCUGAUCAACAGCGUGCAAUCGUCGAAGAACUGGGCGAAGCGCUGACAGCAACCCAAUCCCGCCUUCAAGACCAACUUCAGCAUCUGCAAAUGGUGCAAGAUGUGCGUGGUGGACAAAUUGAGCGAUUUGUGAACGACAGUAUCGCUCAUGCACAGGAAGAAGCACAGCGCGAAGCACAGAUAGCAGCUUCGGCUCAUUUGGAAGGGGUUCGACAGAAGCUGCUGGAGAUGGAGGCAAAAAUUGACGGUGGCUUGGAGAACAUAUCACAGCACGUUCAACAACUUGUCGAAGUUUCAUUUGCAGCUUCUCAACUACAGUUUGAUUUCUGUGAGGAGUCAACGCGCGCUGUACAGAUGGAAGUGGAGGCUGCUGCUACUCGUAUCAAGGCCUCAUUAAAAGAAUCACUGGAACUGGAUCUGCAGAGAGCGAGUGGCGCUGUACGACAAGACUUGCUGGCAAGAGUCAGCAGCGCUGAAGAGCCUCUCCGCGAGUCAAUUCGCAGUCUUGUCUUGGAUAUCACGACCAAUGCAGCGCAUCUCUUAGAGUGCAGGGUGCAGAAGGCUCAUACAAAUACGCAAUCAGAAUUGAACCUGCAAGUUCAGCGUCAAGCUGACGCAACGACGGCACUGCGUGAGCAGAUUCGGAAACUUAAUGUCCAGGCCAAACGACAAGCUCGGAAAAGCGAUGGUGCCGCCCUAGAGACUACUGUUGCCGAUCUGGUCCGACAGGAAGUGGAAGAGCGCUUCCGCGGGCGAACAUACAACAUCACGGCCGUGUCGUUCACCCCCGAGGAGAUCGUUGCGUCCAUCCAGAAGGUUAUGCCGAGCUUCCAGUGCGAUUACAAGCCAGACUUCCGCCAGCAGAUCGCCGAGACGUGGCCGCGCUCAAUCGACGACAGCAUCGCCCGGAGAGACUGGAACUGGCAGCACGACUUCGACCUGGACAGCAUGGUCGAGGACAUGCUCGUCAAGCUCGACGCCAAGCUGUCCAAACCGGAAGCUGUGGUCGAGGAGACUGCGUAA